GCUCCAUAGAGUUACGUCUCAACGACAUGGUGCGAGCUGCGAAGUCAUCCACCAAGUGCACGAUUGACAUGGCGAAGGAUCGGGCCAGCCCUCGAUUCUCCAUCUUCCGCGCCAAGAAGAUGAAGGGCUGGUGGCCGCUGACCCGCCUGAAGACUGCCGAGGACUUCGAGAAGGAGGAGAAGGAGAAGGAGGAGGCCAAGAAGAAGGGGAAGAAGAAGAAGAAGAAAAAGGACAAGAGGAGCAAGAUGAAAAAGGAGGACAUCGAGUAUACCGACAGCCUCGGCAACACUUACCUGCUCAUGGGGAAGGUGGAGGCAGAGCUACAGCUGGUGACGUUGGAGCAGGCGGAGGCUAACCCUGUUGGACGAGCCCGCAAGGAGCCGGAGCCUCUGGACAAACCAAA